CAAACUUCUUCAAUGACAUUAUUUUUCUCAGUAUCUCCAAGUAUUCCUGUGCUCGCUCUUCCAUGCCUCCACGAAAGUUCACCCUUCCGUUCUUCUCUCCUCGGACAAAGAGCAAGCCCUCCGAACAUCCUAAUACCACCCCAUCAGCCAUUCACACGCCGCAGCAUGCAAAGCCUCAACCUCAGCAAGCGCAUCCACAGCAACAAUCACUCUUCUUCUCCAAACUCCCACCGGAACUCCGCAUCGAAGUAUACCAGCUCCUCAUCCCCCGCUCCAAAUGCAUCUCCGUCGAAACCAGGCAGGCCAUGCUCAGACACAUGCCAUUGGACCCUGAAUGCACCAACGAAGAGGAACGCAAACCGUGGACGCGAGACCCGCGCCGGAUCGUGGAAGAACACGACACGGAGUGGCAUCGCAGACCGCGGAUGACGCAGUGGGAUUACGGCUGGACGAGGGGCGAUGUGCAGGAACUAGACGUGUUUCUAGCGUGCCGGCGGAUAUACCACGAGGUAGCGGAGUUAUUGUAUUCCUCCCGGACGUUCUGCAUCGGGUCACCUAUUACGCUCGUAAAGCUUCAACAUCUCUACCUUCCGCCGGUUCCGCAAUAUCCUCAUGCAGAUGCCGAACCUGCGGGAGUUACGCAUCGUUCUUCCUAGCGAAUGCUGGCGCGGAUGCUUCAUGGAUCUUAAGGAGGGAGAAUCGGACACACUGC